GACCACAGUUUCCCUAAAUUUUUAAAUUCAAGUUGUUUGAAAAUUGCUUUGGAAAAAAUUGAAGAUUGUGAUGAAAUCAGUGUUAGUAAUCUUUGUCAGUGUGUGGGUGCUGACUAGUUCCAACCCAAUUUGGGAUCCGGAGAAAUGUCCAAUAUCAGGAGAUACUCCUCUUCAUCUUCCUCACAAAACAGACUGUUGCUUGUUUUACACGUGUAAUUUCGGUUGGGCUCACAUCCAAUCCUGCCCUAGCAAUCAACAUUUCUAUAUGGCUUUACAACGAUGUGAUCACCCAGCAUUGGUUGGAUGUACAUUACCGCAAUCGUCUUGCACAAUUAGUUUAACAACGGCGCCUUCACCUGUAUCACCAACCACUGCUCCAGUAACUACUCCGGAAAUAACAACGGCAGUACCAACAACGGCAGUACCAACAACGGCAGUACCAACAACGGCAGUACCAACAACGGCAGUACCUACAACGCCAGUAACAUCACCUAUUACAACUGCUGCACCACCGGUAACCACACCAACAACUCAUUGGACCACUGUGACGGCAGACACCACGACGGAGUACAUUCCGUCGGCCCCGACACCAGAAACAAUUGUUCCAUCAGCGCCUACUCCAUCAACAGGAACAACUACUACAACUUUUAGUCCACCAACUGUCGAAACGGUUCCUCCGCCUACGGUUCCAACGAUAGGAUUUUAGAUGUUCGAAUAUAUCAACUUUAUGCACCAGAUGCAUUUGUCGUUGCAAAAUGCUCUCUGGUAAUAGCAUGAAAUUUUAGCAAACUGCAACUCCAAAGUUUUUUUUGCAUGUACUGUUGGGUGUGAAGUAGAUAGUUCUAUUUUAAAUAUUAUUUAUUAGUUGUAGUUUUAAGAGCUACAGUCGGUUGCAUUACCGGAAACACAAUGAACUUCAGUUACUUAUCGCAAUGUAAUUGAUGUAAUUAAUUUGCUAGUUACAUUCGAAAUGAUAAGAUAUCAUGUGUAUUAUCUCGAUAAUUUAUUGCCGCUACCUUUUGUACCAAACCGAUAAACAAUGACUCUAGAAAUCCCUGACUGGUGAUUAAAUAAAAUGAAUGUCUUUUAAUGCAAGAGGGUUUUUUUUUAAAUUUUCUGAUGAGAGGAAUGUUUUGUGAUGAAUUACAUAUUUACUAAUAUUUAUUCAGAAUUAUAUUGUGUGUUUUGUCACAGACGAUGACAUAUCAACACUAUCAUGCAAGAGGGUUUUUCUUA